AAUAGACCAACACCCCCCCCUCCUCCACCCCCCCCGCAAUUUCCGCAUCUGAUGUAUUGAUCGCCUGGCUCUUUCUCCGAACUGCUUUCCUCUGCACUCCCAGGAUGAACUCCCCGGUCAUCGUCUUCUCCCUUGGGGCUUGGAUCACCCCCCCUUUCUUCCAUGCCCUUCGAGCUCAGCUCCAAGAUCUCGGCUUUGCAUCCAAAUGUCCAGCCCAUCCUUCAAUUGGAGCUGAGCCUCCCUCCAAGACCCUGUCGGACGAUGUUGCCUCUCUCCGAAGACUCUUGACGAAUCUCGCCGACGCCGAGAACGACAUUGUCGUUGUCGCUCACUCCUACGGCGGUGUGGUAGCACCUAACGCAGUGGAUGGCUUGAGUAAGACCACACGUGCGCAGAGCGGCCAGGCCGGCGGAGUCGUUCAAGUGAUCUAUCUCGCCGCCUUUGCACUCGAUCGCGGGCAAAGCCUACUCGAGAUGCUGGGUGGGAGCUUUUUGCCGUGGAUGCAGGUGGAACUGAUUCUGCAAUCCCAGGGCGACUAUGUCCACAUCGAUAACUCCAGCCACAUCGGCUGGCAAGACCUCCCGCUCGACGAGCAGGUUCAAUGGAAUACCUUCACACACCACACCUCCCGCGCCGUCUUUGCGGGCAAGGUGAUGCAUGAACCUUGGAGUAGCGAGGUCCCCUGUGCAUACGUGAUUUGCGAGCAAGACCGGGCCAUGCCGCCGGCCUUCCAGGAGGGGUUUGCCGCAAAGGUCGCGGGUCCGGAAAACACAUAUCGGCUUCCGGCAUCACACUCGCCGUUUUUGUCCAUGCCGAUACGACUGGCAGAUGUGCUGGUGGAAGCCAUUGGGGGGAGAUCAGAGGAGGCCGUGUUGAGUCGCUUUUAG